ACUUCUCAAGGCAGGAGAUACAUUUUAAUCUCGGUUUCUGAUUGGUGUUCCUGUAAACUUCUAUCAUCAGGAUCCGCUUCACCAAACGAGAAGCGACGCUAGAUGCUCAGUGGAUCAUUGAACGGAAAACAAGGUGAAAUACGACAUCAAAAGGGAAUAAACGUAUCUUUGCCUUUAACCAAAAUGAUCCAUAGUGUCUUCCUAAUAAAUGCUUCAGGAGACAUAUUCCUGGAAAAGCACUGGAAGAGUGUAGUCAGCCGCUCAGUGUGUGACUACUUCUUUGAGGCGCAAGAACGGGCCACAGAACCAGAGAAUGUCCCACCUGUGAUCCCCACACCACAUCACUACCUGAUCAGCGUGCUCAGGCAUCGCAUCUUCUUUGUGGCAGUCAUCCAGAGCGAGGUGCCUCCACUCUUUGUCAUCGAGUUCCUGCACAGAGUUGUUGACACAUUCCAGGACUAUUUUGGUGUGUGUACAGAAGCUGCCAUCAAAGACAAUGUGGUGGUGGUCUAUGAGCUGCUGGAGGAGAUGCUGGACAAUGGCUUUCCACUGGCCACAGAGUCCAACAUCCUCAAAGAGCUUAUUAAACCCCCAACAAUCCUUCGAACAAUGGUCAACACCAUCACAGGAAGCACCAAUGUGGGUGAGCAGCUUCCCACAGGCCAGUUAUCAGUUGUGCCAUGGCGUCGCACAGGUGUGAAAUACACCAACAAUGAAGCCUAUUUUGAUGUAGUAGAGGAGAUUGAUGCCAUCAUUGACAAAUCAGGCUCCACAAUCACAGCAGAAAUCCAGGGGGUGAUUGAUGCCUGUGUAAAACUGACCGGCAUGCCAGACCUCACACUGUCAUUUAUGAAUCCUCGGCUACUGGAUGAUGUCAGUUUCCAUCCCUGUGUGAGGUUCAAGCGAUGGGAGGCUGAGAGGAUCCUCUCCUUCAUCCCACCAGAUGGAAAUUUCCGGUUGCUCUCCUAUCACGUCAGCUCCCAGAACUUAGUGGCAAUUCCGGUGUAUGUCAAACACAACAUUUCCUUCCGUGAGGGAAGCUUCCAGGGACAUUUUGACUUGACUCUGUGGCCCAAACAGACCAUGGGCAAAGCUGUUGAGUCAGUUCUAGUCAGCAGUCAGCUACCAAGGGGCGUCCUCAACACCAACCUCAGUGCCUCACAGGGAAUAUAUACGUUUGACCCGGUCACAAAGUUGUUGUCAUGGGAUGUUGGCAAGAUCAACCCACAGAAGCUUCCGAGUCUGAAGGGAACUAUGAGUCUACAGGCUGGAGCAUCCAAACCAGAUGAGAACCCAACCAUCAACAUCCAGUUUAAGAUCCAGCAGAUGGCCAUCUCAGGUCUAAAGGUGAAUCGACUGGACAUGUAUGGUGAGAAAUAUAAACCUUUCAAAGGCAUCAAGUACAUGACAAAGGCUGGAAAGUUCCAGGUCCGGACAUAAAGGCUUCUUCUCUGUGACUACUGGACCAAACCACCAUGAGACAGAGGCAGUUAAUGAUGUGGUGGAGAAAUGACGAAAGAAAGAGUUUUUACAUUUCCUGUAUACAUGCAUUUCC